CGAACUCCAAAGAAAAUAGCCCCGGCUUUGAUGUAAAGGGAAUGAUCCGCCGUCAACGGCUUUCCUCGUCUCGUAUUUAGAGACAUCUGAGUGGAUCGUCGCUAUGCAACCCACAACCCAACACCAAAAACUGCAGCCACACACACCAUGGAGGGCCACCACCAAGAUUCCCAACUUGCGGGAGGUAGGACCCCCGUUAGUUGCAUCCGGAAUCACUCCCUUUGCAGGCCGACGUCGCCCAUCUCAUCCCUCCUCGUAACGGCUUUCCUCAACUGGUCUGGUCAUUGACAGUUUGACUGGCCCAUUCUGUUGACAUUACAUCCGUCCUCCGCAACACCACUCAUGCCUACCAAUCAGGCCGCGUGGCUGACAGCCAAAUCAGCCCGACCCCUCGUGGUCAAGUCGGCCCCCUACACUCCGCCGGGCGCCAACGAGAUGGUCGUCAAGAACGCCGCCAUCGCCGUCAACCCAGUCGACUGGGCCAAGCAGUGUGGGGGCGACAUGAUCUUCUCGUGGAUCAAGUACCCCUUCGUCCUCGGCGGCGACCUCUCGGGCUCGGUCGUCGAGGUCGGCGCGGGCGUCACUCGCUUCGCCGUCGGCGACCGCGUCCUGGCCCACGCCGUCGGCAUGGACCCGACCGUAAACCGCUCCGCCGAGAGCGCGUUCCAGGAGUACACCGUCGUGAGGGCGAACCUCGCCUCGCCCAUCCCGGACUCGCUCGCACACGACGCAGCCUGCGUCCUGCCCCUCUGCCUGUCCACCGCCGCGUGCGCCCUGUUCCAGAAGGACUUCCUCGCCCUCGAUUACCCGGCCCCGACUCCGGACCAGAACCGCAAACCCGAGGCCGAGCGGAAGACGCUGCUUGUUUGGGGCGCUUCCACCGCUGUUGGCAGUAAUGCCGUCCAGCUCGCCGUCGCGGCCGGGUAUGAUGUCGUCGCUACGGCUUCGCCUAGGAACUUCCACUAUGUCAGGACCCUGGGCGCGGCCCAGGUCUUUGACUAUCGCGCUGACACCGCCGUCGCGGAGAUUGUCAGGUGUCUCAAGGGUAGGCGGGUUGCCGGCGCGGUGGCGGUCGGCGAUGGGUCGCUUGAGGCGUGUAUCGAUGUUGUUGCGGCUGCGGCGGGGGCGGAGGGGGGCGGGAACAAGUUUGUCGCGCAGAUCAGCGUCCCGUUUCCGGAUGAGAUGCCGACGGGUGUGGGGGGCAUUGUCUCGGCGGUCGUGUCGCUGGUGUGGUGGAAUGUGAAGACUUGGUUCAAGGCGAAGACGAAUGGUGUUCGUACCAAGUUUGUCUUUGGUAGCACGCUGAUGAACAAUGAGGUUGGUCGUGUUGUUUAUCAGGAUUUCCUCCCGGAGGCGCUCGCGAGGGGAAACUAUGUCGCUGCUCCUGAGCCGCUGGUGGUGGGUAACGGUCUUGAGUUUGCACAGGAAGCGCUGGAUGUGCAGAAGAAGGGGGUUUCGGCGAAGAAGGUGGUUGUUACUCUGUAAACUGGGCGAAGGUGAGAGGAGAGGAUCGGGAUCCGGGACCAGGCUAGGAAGUGCGUGUCGAUGUCAAUGUUGGCGAGAGAAAGAAAUGGACGCAAAAGUAGCCUCUAAUUUACGUGGAUUUAAUAUCAUCUCGCUGCUCAACUUCAGGGGUGAAAUGAUUCAUGAAUGUG